CCUUUGUAGUCAGAAUCAGCUGCUGAUAGCAAAUUUCCUCAUGGUCCGAGCGGGCGUGAGUCUCACACGUAAAGUGUAAUUAUUUGAAUUAAACGUUUAAGGAAACUUAAACUUGAAUAUCAAACAUCAGUCAUGAAUAUUCGCAACGCGAGGCCAGAAGAUCUGAUGAAUAUGCAGCACUGUAACCUGCUGUGCUUGCCAGAGAACUAUCAGAUGAAGUAUUACUUCUAUCAUGGGUUAUCUUGGCCCCAGCUUUCGUAUAUUGCAGAAGAUGAAAAUGGGAAGAUUGUUGGUUAUGUUUUAGCAAAAAUGGAGGAAGAUCCAGAUGAUGUCCCACAUGGACACAUCACUUCCUUGGCUGUGAAGAGAUCACACAGGCGUCUUGGUCUGGCGCAAAAGCUUAUGGAUCAGGCAUCUCGAGCCAUGAUAGAGAAUUUCAAUGCAAAAUAUGUCUCCCUACAUGUGCGUAAAAGUAAUCGGGCAGCCCUGCAUCUGUAUUCAAAUACCUUGAACUUCCAGAUUAGUGAGGUGGAGCCCAAGUACUAUGCAGAUGGGGAGGAUGCAUAUGCCAUGAAGAGGGAUCUGGCUCAAAUGGCUGAUGAGCUGCGUAAGCACCAGGAUGCACGAGAGCGUAACAAAUCUGGCAUUUUAACUGCAGUUGGCAGUCGUAAUGAAGGGCAUCGAAUCAACCAUAUUGGAGACUGCUGUCGAGAUGAGAAAUGUGCAGGUAUAGCUAACGCUCCGGUGGUUACACCACAUCCGGGAAAAGGAGAUGGUCCUGAUGACAGCGGUGGAGACAGCAAAGAUGUGAGUGAAGUGAGUGAAGCAACAGAGAGCACAGAUGUUAAAGACAGCUCCGAAGCUUCAGAUUCAGCACCAUAAGGACUUAACAUACCAAUUAGUUUUUUUUUUUUUUAAAAUAACAUCCAUCUACAGGUUGCUGGUAUAACAAUUAAGGGAAAAAACGUCUGCAGAUGAGAAAAAGACCACAGAUCUACCAACAGACUUUAAUGAAUGUGUACCUGUAAGGGUGUCUUGUUCUCAUCAGCAUAUUAUCAUGGAGUUUUUGUGGAAAGUAGCCACAUCACUCGCCUGCUUUUACAAAUAAAUUCUGUUAAAAUCA